UUGAUUGGUCAAUACCUCUGCUGUUACUUAGCUAGUGUCUCCGCCCUCCAUUUGAUUGGAUGGCAUGGAUGCCGGCGUUACGGCUAUGCUGUACUAGCAAGAUGGCUGCGCGCUUGCUGCUGAGACGUCUGUGUGCUAGUGGCCGGCGGUAUCUUAGUUCUGGCGGCACAGACUCUCCGCGCAGUCGGUUGUAUGAGCAUGUGAGACAGGGCUACAGCGAGAGACCGCGGCUGGACAUCCAGAGCAUGAGGCAGGAAGCGGAAAACUUGAAAAUACACGAUGGAGACAUGAGGAGAGGUGGACGAGGGCUUCUAGCUGUGAUCAACACCUGGGAACAAUUGGAAAAAGUGAGACUAGAUAUCCAGAGACUGGAGACUGAGAAAACUGAUAUUGCCAAUGAAGUGAAGCAACUUGUGACUUCACACGACAAGCAAAGUCUUCAAACACUCCCCAGGUACACGUCUAUCAGGCAGAGGGGGAAAGAGAUCCGGCUGCAGCUGACAUCUUUAUAUCAGGAGGAGUCCAGGCUUGAUGAAUCCUUUUAUUGCCAAGCUCUAAAACUGCCCAACAGAACCCAUCCUGACACGCCGGUUGGGGACGAGUCUAACGCUCGGGUUUUGGAGGUAGUGGGAGAGAAGCCAGAAUUUGACUUUGCACUCCGGGGCCACCUGGAAAUUGGGGAAGCGUUGGACAUAAUCCGACAGAGACGCCUCUCUCAUGUUUCGGGUCACCGUUCCUAUUACCUCCGUGGAGCCGGCACGUUGCUGCAAUACGCUCUUGUGAACUUUACCCUCAGCAAGCUUGUAAAAAAGGGAUUCAUUCCUAUGUCUGUACCUGAUGUGCUAAAAGGAGCUGUGUUUGUGAGUAUUGUUCUGUAA